AAGGCAACAUUUGGCAAGCCCGAUCCAGGAAAGUGCCAGCAGUCCUUUCAACACAUUUGAGGCCCAAACCAUGUUUUACUAUCUCCGGUAAAAACCCGCGCCCCCGCCCGACUUUCCCCUUCAUCCUACCAAACCAGCGGGAGCGAGGCCGCUCCAGAAGCGCCCAGAGAUGCGUCCGCCAUGCGUCCGCCCGGCCGAGCCGCCGCCUGCGGGAGCCGCGGCUCCCUGCAAGAGGAGGGAUCACCGCUGUUUGCGGAGAAAACUGAGGCCGGUGCGGAUCUUGGGCUUGGUGGUGAGCCUGCUGGCCGUAAGUGCCGUCUCCGUGUGUGCCUUGACGUGGAACUCCGCCGCUUCGGGUGAUUCGGCGGCGCCCGGCGAGAGCCUCCGCCAGCCGGUGCCCCACAGGACUCUGCUCUUCAGCCGACAGCCGAAGGAGGCCAACGGAUCGUCCGGCAUGAAAUCGACGGCCGGCGGCAACGAAAGCCAAGGGGAGUACCCGCCGGACCUUUUUGACCUCCAGCAGAGGCGCCGUGGGGCGGUGAUCCUCCACAUGUUCGGCAUGAUCUACAUGUUCAUCGCCUUAGCCAUCGUAUGCGACGAGUUCUUCGUCCCGGCGCUCACGGUCAUCACCGAGAAGCUGACCAUCUCGGACGACGUGGCCGGCGCCACCUUCAUGGCGGCGGGCGGCUCGGCCCCCGAACUCUUCACGUCCAUCAUCGGCGUCUUCAUCUCGCACAGCAACGUGGGCAUCGGCACCAUCGUGGGCUCGGCCGUCUUCAACAUCCUCUUCGUCAUCGGCAUGUGCGCCAUCUUCUCCAAGGAGAUCCUCAACCUGACGUGGUGGCCGCUCUUCCGCGACGUCUCCUUCUACAUCCUGGAUCUCAUCCUGCUCAUCGUCUUCUUCCUCGACAACUUCAUCUCCGUGUGGGAAAGUAUCACGCUGCUGUCGGGAUACGCCGCCUACGUCAUCUUCAUGAAGUUCAACAGCACCGUGGAGGGCUUCGUCAAGAACUGCAUGAACAAGAACCAAGUGGUGGAGGUGGAGGUGCAGCCCAAGGAUGAAAAGGCGAGUCCGGGGGCGCCCGAGGAUGACGGCAAGUUGUCGGCCAGACCCCGUCUUCAGAGGGGGGGCAGCUCGGCCUCCUUGCACAACAGCUUGAUGAGGAACAGCAUUUUCCAGCUCAUGAUUCACACCUUGGACCCUUUAAGUGAAGAAUUUGCGGACUCUGAGCUUGGGACUUAUGGGAAACUAAAAUAUUAUCACUCAAUGACUGAGGAAGGGAAAUUCCGAGAGAAAGCCUCCAUUCUUCACAAGAUCGCUAAAAAGAAAUGCCAAGUAGAGGACAGCGAGAAGGCCAACGGCGUCGCAAGCCGUUCAGAGAAGAACCUGCCAAACAGCUCCAGCGUGCAAGUGGAGGUGACCCCGCCCAUGAACGGCACAGCGGGACAAGAGGGCCAAGCGGCGGAAGACGAGGAGGAAGACGACCAGCCUCUGAGCCUGUCGUGGCCCGAGUCCGGCCGCAAGCGCUUCACCUACCUCUUCAUCAUGCCCAUCGUCCUCCCGCUGUGGCUGACGCUGCCCGACGUCAGGAAACCGUCAUCCAAGAAGUUCUUCCCCAUCACCUUCCUGGGCGCCAUCUGCUGGAUCGCGGCCUUCUCCUACCUGAUGGUGUGGUGGGCCCACCAGGUUGGAGAGACCAUCGGGAUUACCGAGGAGAUUAUGGGUCUGACUAUAUUAGCGGCUGGAACGUCCAUCCCUGACCUCAUCACCAGCGUCAUUGUGGCACGCAAGGGCCUCGGCGACAUGGCCGUGUCCAGUUCCGUCGGCUCCAACAUCUUUGACAUUACUGUCGGGCUUCCGUUCCCGUGGCUGAUGUGGUCGCUGAUCAGCGGCUUGCGUCCGGUGGCGGUGAGCUCCAACGGGCUUUUCUGUGCCAUCGUGCUGCUCUUCCUCAUGCUCCUCUUCGUCAUCAUCUCCAUCGCCGCCUGCAAGUGGCGCAUGAGCAAGCUGCUGGGCUUCAUCAUGUUCAUGCUCUACUUCGUCUUCCUGGUGGUCAGCGUCAUGCUGGAGGACCGGGUGCUCAUCUGUCCCGUGUCCGUCUGAGGUGGGGGGGCCCGGACACCCCGUACCCGAGGUCCGCCCCCCAGCUUUCCCCCUUACUGACCAACAAAAAGAAAACAUCCUCAUCGGUUCUCCUGCGUGCUGGAUGAAAGUGGAGUGAGGAAAAUGUGCAGUGGAGACGCCAACGAGAGGCACGAAACUCGGUCUGGCAUGAGUGGAUUUUCAGUGUUUAAUUAGCAGGUGAGAGGGCGCAUUACGGGCGCACCGGCCGAAUCUGUAAAGCAUUAUGCAUGUCAUUAGUGUCAUUAGAUCAGGCUUAUCAAGACUGGCAGGUUGAGGAGAACCACCUCCAGUGAACUUAUUGGUUUAACAGAUGAAGCCGCCGCCCGCCGGGAGCUCACAAGAAAUACGGAUAACAAGAAGAGGGAAGACCAAGAACAAACUCUUUUAAACCCGCCCGAAAAGGCGCUCUCUCUUAAGAGGAUUUUCUUUUUCAAUUUGAACACUUUUUCCAUGAAAUAAUUAGCAGUAGCAUAAAAUGUACUGUAGCAGAACAAUCUGCUCCCUCGGAUUGUAGAUAACACAUCACACACUCGCACCACCACAAAACAAAAAAAAAGGCCUCUGGAACGAAAAGCAUGAGUAUUUAAGGACCCACUAAGCCUCCAUUAUGAAGUCAAAAUAAUACAUUUGACAAUAACUUAUCAGUGUAAACGUGUCACAAUUGAUAGAUUAGUCGGCGUGUAGCGCUUUGGGCUCGAGUCGCAGCUGAAGAAGAAAAGAAAAUGACACUCGCAGACAAAUAGUAAUAAUCCGCAUUAAAAAAAAAAAAAAAACGUAUACCAAAAUGUUUUUCACCAUGUUACAUGCUAACAUGUAAACCAGUGCGCAGUCUAGACGUA